UGGAAUUGAGAUGUGAACGUGAAAUGUACUCUGCUCUCCGUGUUUGUAUUUAUGCAUGCGGAGUCCGCUGGUUCCGUCCAGGCUCCGCCCACUCGAGCCGCUCUGGCUUCUGCUGUGCUCCACUCGCCACUCAAACGCUGACCACUGUAUGAAAAGAUCACACCCAGAAGCAGGAUGUUGUCGGUGGUCGUUCUUGGCCUAGCUGGAGUGAGACGAAUUGUGAGUGGGAGAUGUUCAGCAUACAGCAGGAGCUUUUUUACCCAUGUUCCUGAUCGUCAGUUUGUCCCGAGGAUUCGUCUCCCUGGCGCCGUCUCGCACCGUUACGGAGGUGUCAGUACCAAAAACCCUCAUCGAACUCUAGUGUCAUCGUCUUCAGUGUCUGCAGCCCAUCAGAAAUCAUACAGUUAUAUCAUCAUCGGGGCGGGGUCGGCAGGCUGCGUUCUCGCCAACCGCCUCACGGAGGAUGCCCAGGAGUCAGCCUUGCUGCUGGAAGCCGGGCCAAAAGACUUGCUGUUCGGCAGCGUACGGUUGUCAUGGAAGAUCCACAUGCCGGCUGCGCUGACCUAUAACCUUUGUGAUGACAAGUACAACUGGUAUUACCACACUUUGCCUCAGGCCCACAUGGACAACAGGGUCAUGUACUGGCCAAGGGGGCGAGUCUGGGGCGGCUCGUCUUCGCUCAACGCUAUGGUGUACAUCCGUGGGCACGCUGAAGACUACAACCGGUGGCAGAGAGAAGGAGCCGAGGGCUGGGAUUACGACCACUGCCUGCCUUACUUCAAGAAGGCGCAGUGUCAUGAACUAGGCGGCGACAGGUAUCGCGGAGAUAGUGGCCCACUGCACGUGUCCAGAGGGAAGACUAACCAUCCUCUUCACAAGGCUUUUAUUGAGGCAGGGCAGCAGGCAGGCUACCCUUUUACUGAAGACAUGAAUGGAUACCAACAAGAAGGCUUGGGUUGGAUGGACAUGACCAUUUUUAAAGGGAAGAGGUGGAGCACAGCCAGUGCCUACCUGAGACCGGUCCUGGAUCGACCCAAUCUAAAGACAGAGGUGUGCUGCUUGACCACCAAGAUCCUGUUUGAUGGCCACCGAGCUGUGGGCGUGGAAUAUCUACAGAAAGGAGAGACUAAACAGGUCUUUGCAGAUAAAGAGGUGAUCCUGAGCGGCGGCGCCAUCAACACACCGCACCUUCUCAUGUUGUCCGGUUUGGGAAAUGCCGAUGACCUCAAGCAACAUGGCAUCCCUGUGGUCCAACACUUACCAGGUGUGGGCAGCAACCUGCAGGAUCAUUUGGAGUUAUACGUCCAGCAGAAAUGCACUCAGCCCAUCACGCUGUACAAAGCCCAGAAACCUUUCCACAUGGUCAAAAUUGGCCUGGAGUGGCUCUCUAUUUUCACUGGCUACGGAGCAACGGCACACCUGGAGAGCGGAGGUUUCAUUCGCAGUCGGCCACAAGUCCCACAUCCUGACAUUCAAUUUCACUUCUUGCCUUCUCAAGUUAUUGACCAUGGGCGGGUUGCUUCAAAGAUAGAAGCUUAUCAGGUUCACGUGGGACCAAUGAGAAGCACGAGUGUUGGCUGGAUGAAGUUGAAGAGUGCUAACCCUCAGGACCACCCAAUUCUGCAGCCCAACUACCUUUCCACAGACGUCGAUGUUUUGGAGUUCAGAGAAUGCGUCAAACUCUCCCGAGAGAUCUUUGCCCAAAAAGCUUUUGACCCGUUCCGGGGGCCGGAAGUUCAGCCCGGUCCCCAGAUCCAGUCAGAUGCCAACAUCGAUGCCUUUGUGCGGCACAAGGCUGACAGUGCAUAUCACCCGUCGUGCACGUGCAAAAUGGGCGCGCCCUCCGACCCGAUGGCGGUGGUGGACUCCCAGACGUGUGUGCUUGGUGUUGAGGGCCUCCGUGUGGUCGACGCGUCCAUCAUGCCGAGCAUUGUUAGUGGCAACCUAAACGCGCCAACCAUCAUGAUAGCAGAGAAGGCCGCCGAUCUCAUCAGAGGUCGCCCGCCACUUGUUGACCCACAAGUACCGGUGUACCAGCCGCUCACGCUAGAUACGCAAAGAUAAAACUGGAACAAGCCUCUUGUUUACUUAUACUGCCACUAUAGUAACUACAAUGGUAACUAAAAGAGGUGUAAUGUAAACCAAUUUGAAAAUCGGUCUGGAUUUAGAAAAUACGUGUGCAUGGAAUCGAACCAAAUGGAAUACAAUAUAUAUCAGGGGUGUGCAUCUCGAUGAUUCAAUAUGCGUGAUUACUUAGAGUGCAAUAUGAUUUAAGGAUGCUUUAUUUUAACGUGGAAUGAUUCGAUUCCGUUCAAUGCAGUGGAAUUAGGAUUUGGUUUGCUGUGGUACAGUUCAGUCUGCGUGGCAUUUUCUUCAAAGCUAUAUAACCCUAUAAAAGAUUAUUCAUUUUCCAAGUGAAAGUGGAGUGUACUCAUUUAUUUUUUUAACUGUCAAGAAGAAACUCAUUACAUCAUAACCUUAUGGACUAAGUCAUACCAUCUUGAAUAGGAUCAAAAUCCUACUAAACAAAUUUGAAUCAAAUCUUUCUACUUUAAAAUCAUCCAUCUUUGAAUCAUACUGCAUCGAGACAUCGAAAUAUGUAUUGAAUCAGUUUUUAUUGGAGAAAUGACCUCCCCAAGUAACGAAACAUGUACUGUAGGUUACAAACAGAUAAUCGCGAGGUAAUUUAAUGACUGGGAACAAAACACUCGACCUUAAACUGCUUGAUGUCACUGUUAUCUGACUAGCUCACACAUGCGGCCAAACUCCAUGUUCAUUCAUUUCUUGGCUUUUGAGCAAGCCAGACACAGCUCCCCAUCGAGCACCGCCAAAUCAUAAAAAUACAAUAUAGCUAGUACACAUCUAUUCAGUUUUACAACAAUACUUAACUAUAUUUCCAAUUUCAUAUGUGCCUGUGGAUGCGAUCGCAAAGCUUGUGAUAAAAAUAUAUGCGAGCUUGCUUAUACUCCUCUUGCUCGUGUGGGGGUUUGCGAUAUAUUCAUGUCAGGUUCAUUCAUGUUUCAUAAUUGUUUAGGGGUGUGAAUGUGAGUAUGAAUGCUUUUUUGUUUAUAUGUGGCCUAAAAUUGACCAAAAUUCAGCUGUGAUUGGCUGAUUUAUGUCUCCACCCUCAGGCUGUUUCCCCUAAAUUGUUUUCCCCGAACCUUUUAUUAGUUAUUUGAUUAACAAUUGGCGAUCGACACUAUAAAAAACACCGCUUAUAUUUUUGGGGGUUACACAUACUGGAGAAUUGGAAAAUAUUAACACAACAACGCAAGCAAGUUAGUUUUUUCAGAACAAAUUACAGUUGUUUUUAUUUAUAUCUUUUAUUUACAGUUAAUGUGAGGACAUUUUUACAACUGCAAAACUUAAAAUAUUUUAUUGAAUUGCCCAACUUAAAGUUUUAUCAAAGAUCGUUGCCAUGAAAUUUUGAGUUCACUCAAUGUUUUUUAAGAGUAUGUUUUGUGAAUUGAGGUCGCAUUAAGGAGCUUUGGUUUAUCUGAAGAGAUGAUCACUAGUGAACAGUCGCCUUCCUUCCUGAGUACGUGAUUGUGAGUGUGAAAAUUCUCACAGCCCAGGCACCCCCACCCCACAAAAUAAUCAGGGGAAAUAGUCAGUUUGGUCUGUGCUUCGUUUGUGUUGGUUGGUGCUAUAAAAUAGAUAUUACACUUUUUCUCAAAAUGCUUCGGAAAUGGUGCCAAACAAAACAGAUUAACCCCCCCGCAAAAAAUAUUUUUUGUAUGGGGUGGCUGUCCAGCUUCUCUGAGGUUUUAUGCCGUUGUUGUUUCCACUCACAUCUGUUUCAAAUGUGACAUUGGAAUCUUCCAGUUUGAUUAUAUAACCCCAAUUGUUUCCCGUACACAUAAUAAGAACCACUUUGUUUAUGAGCAUGGUAGGACUUUUGUUUUGUUUUUGUUUUUUUGGGUGAAGCCAAUAUGUCUAUUUGGUAUGCAGUGUCUGUUGCUGUUGACUCAUCAAAUUGCUCCUUUUUUUUACGAUAGUUUAAAGGACGGACUAGUCUAGUCUUAGCUACAACCAGUAAUUCUACAGUAAAAAUGUCAUUUAUUUCCAUCCACCUCUUUCUCUACACCCUGUCAAUGGGCAUUGGGGAGGUGGAGCCUUUCACAUCUGAUUUGAUGCAGAAUAAACCCAGGAUUGGUCGCCACUCAAUCACAGGGCACAUGAGUCAAUGAGUGGGACCUGAACUGAGUGAACUGCUGCGGAAAGUAAUUUUUGGAUGAGCCAACUACGUCUAUAGACUUCACACCAAGAAAAGUCACAUGCCACAAAAUACAAUCCAGUGUCGAUGAUCAGAUUAUUUUCUUUUUGGUAUGCGUGGCCACAUCGUUCUUGGUAGGAUCGGUGUUGCAUGUAAAAGCCAAUUAAAGAGCCAAGUCUAAUGACAAAACAAAAUGCUAAUUUUAUUUACACAUUAACUUUGCACAAAUGGAACGACUGCUCUGUAUAAGAAAACUAAAAAAACAAAAACAGGUAGUGCACUCUUCUUCUCUGCCCCAAAUGCGGAAUAGACACUCUGAAAGUCUUACAAACUUUUAAGUGUUGUGUUAUAAUGUGUAAUAACUUUAGCGGGAGCAUUGGAGGAUGAAACAAUUAUUUGCUAUUGUUAAGUGCAUUGAAUGUAUAACAUGUAAUGAGUCAGAACUGUUUGUAAAAGCUAAUGUGCACGACACAAUGAAGAACCUUUGCCCAGCUGAAAUGCUGCAACAAUAAUUGUUUACAUGAAAUGAAAUUUUAAAUGUUGAAAUUGUCUUAAAUUUGUUCACUCCAAUUAAAGGCCUUGUAACUUCCCCCA